AUGGCAGGAGAAAUCUCUAAUGUUCCACCUCGAGGGCCUUUUGUUAAUACCCCUCGAUCGAAUGCUCAAUUUGAUCGUGAUCAAAACAAUGGAAGGAAAUCCGAGAUGAAAACAGGGUUACUUCAAUUGUUAUAUCAAAAUCCUUUCACGGGACUUGAUCACGAAAAUCCUUUCACUCAUCUCACGAAGUUUUAUGAGAUCGGCGGAACCAUUGCUGCUCUAGAGGCCGAAGAAGAACAGGUUUUCAAGAGACUAUUUCCUUAUUCCUUGAUAGGAAAAGCUAAGGAAUGGUAUCUUGAUCAACCAAACAAUGUCAUGACUAGCUGGAAUGAGUUGGAGGAGAAAUUUCUUGAUCGGUUCUUUCCACAUAAUAGGUUCUUGGAAGCGAAAACUUCCAUCUCUGCGUUCUCACAAGGUCAAAGUGAGGCUCUCAAUGAAGCGUGGGAGAGAAAUGGACUUCAACCACAACCGAAAACACUUUUAGAUGCUACCGCGGGUGGGUCUUUGAUGUCAAAGAGUGCUGAAGAAGCAGUUGCUUUCAUUGAUAGAAUGGCCUUGAAUUAUCAUCAAGGGCAACACAAUUGUAGUACAUUACAAAGAAAGCCGGGAGUUCUUGAGUUAAACAUGAAUAAUGCAAUACUUUCCCAAAACAAGUUAUUGACACAACAAGUCUAA